AUGAUAGAUUUUGUUUUGGAGUUCGUCAACAAAACAGCUUCAAAUUCUUCAUUCAUGUUUCUCUUCUUUGACUUCAUCAUCAUAUUAAUCCUAUUGGGAAACACUAAACCAGGUUCCGAAGACAAGUCAAAUUCCGGUGCGAAGCAACCCAGGUUGAUAUCCGACUCGGUUCUCUCUUCCAAAUCCGUUUUUAAGAAAUCUGAGCCGAGUCUUACCUCGAAGUCCCAUUCACAAGAAUCUGGGCUUAUGUCUAAGUCCUUUCUCUCCUCCAAACACACCGGUUCUAAUCAAUCGUUGACCUGCAAACCCGGUUUGCGCAUAAUAUCGUAUGGAUUGCAACAUGGUUCAGACUUUUCAGAGAAGGAUGAGAAAGGGACAAAUAGUAAAACGGAGAACUUGGAAGUAGGGAAUGAGAUGGAAGUAGAGUGUUUGCUUCAAAAAGAGUUGAAGAGUUCAUUCGUAAAGUUAAUACUCAAUGGAAAAUAG